AGCGUCGGGGCGGGUAAAGGAGUGUGCGUGCGGUACAGCUGAGUAUACCAUUGGGCUGCGUGAUGUCACGUCGGUUGUUGGACAGGUCGGAGCGGUGUUGAAAAUAAACAAUAAAGAAGCGCGGGCGGAGGAAGAGGGAGAAGCUGCGGGCAGAAGAGACAGACAGAGGACUCUUUCUAAUCCCAGCGCUGAGCCGGCUCCAUUGUGUCUUGGUCGGGGGCAGCGGCUGUUAUCGUAGCAACAAAGGAGGGGGCUAUGGAGAGUCCUUUGAUCCUGAGAGUCAGCGUCUCCUCGGACCAGGGCGGCAGGAAGUACAUGGAGGAUGUUACUCAGGUGUUAGUGGAGCCAGAGCCGGGGGAAGGAGAACUUUCCUGGGAGGAGGAGGAGGAAGAAGAAGAAGAAGAAGAUGGGGACUCGGAGGGAGAAGAGGACUCUCCGAGGCGGACUCCAGCUCGCAGCAGAGGCGCCCCUGGGGGAAGCGGGCAGUCUGUGGCCUUCUUCUCGGUGUUUGAUGGACACGGCGGGCGGGAGGCCGCUCACUUCGCCCGGGAUCACUUGUGGGGCUUCAUCAGGAAGCAGAAGGGCUUCAUGUCACGGGAUCCGGAGGAAGUGUGUGCCGCCAUCCGUAAGGGCUUUGUGGCUUGUCAUCAAGCAAUGUGGAAGAAGCUUCCUGAAUGGCCAAAAACAAUGACUGGACUCCCUAGCACAUCAGGAACUACAGCAAGCGUUGUUAUUGUGCGUGGAAAUAAACUAUAUGUUGCACAUGUCGGUGAUUCUGGUGUUGUAUUUGGGAUUCAGAAUGGUGCUAAAGAGACUGUGAAGGCCUUGGAAGUGACACAGGACCAUAAACCAGAGCUCCCGAAGGAAAGAGAAAGAAUAGAAGGGCUUGGUGGCAGUGUUAUUAAUAAAUCUGGAGUAAAUAGAGUGGUUUGGAAAAGACCCCGUUUAACACACAAUGGUCCUGUAAGGAGAAGUACAAUAAUUGACCAGAUUCCUUUCCUGGCUGUGGCUCGUGCCCUUGGUGACUUAUGGAGUUAUGAUUUCUACAGUGGGGAGUUUGUGGUGUCUCCGGAACCUGAUACAAGUGUGCACACAAUUGAUCCUCAGAAGCACAAGUUUAUCAUUAUUGGCAGUGAUGGCCUUUGGAACAUGGUCUCCGCACAGGAUUCAGUUUCUUUGUGUCAGGAGCUGGAGAAAUCCUGCGCAUCUGGAGAAUGUGGGCAGUCUUGUGCAAAAAUGCUAGUAAAUCGGGCACUGACACAGUGGCGACAACGCAUGUUGCGAGCAGACAACACAAGUGCCAUUGUCAUUUGCAUCUCGUCUGAUUCAGAAAAACACAGAUGUUCUAAUGAGGAGCUGAUAAUAAAUUUGUCUGAGAGACCGCACUACAAUAGCCAGGACAUGUACCUCAUGUCAACGUCACCUUGUUCCACACCUCCAGUCAAGAUACUGGAAGAUGAUCCAUGGUGGAGACUUACUCUAUCUGAGCCUCUUCCAUCCCUUAUUCGCCGAAAUGCCUUCUCUGAUAGUUGUAGCAAAUGGGGCUCUGAGUCAGGCAAAUCUAAAGCACUUGCAAACCCCUCACAUCCUUUAGGGGAUUCUGGAAACCCUGAAGAUAGUCAGUGGGCCAGUGGAUCUCCAAACAUCUCCCCUUCUAUAUAUAUCUUCCCUGGCCCCUCUUCAGCUGUUGGUACAAAGGGCACUAAAACGCCAAGCAGUAAUAGUCCAAAAACUGAAACGGAAAAGUUAUCUUCCUUAAAACGAACUCUAGAGGAGUCCAACUGUGGACCUGCAGUGAAAAAAUCAAGACGGACCUUAACUAGGAGUAGUGGUGUGCAGGCUGAAGGCCCCUCUACCACACCGAAAAGGAGGAGUACAGAGAGGGUUAUAAUGAGACGCAGUCUUCGAGGUCAGAAGAAACUUGGUCAUCCUUUAUUACAUCAGCAUAGAAAAAGUAUAUGUGUGUGUUGAAUAAUUCUUGCAUAUCGUGUUCAAACCCAUUGCCUGUAUUGAUGUUUUUAUUUUCCAUCACUUCAAUAUGUUUCCUGUUUUCAGACUGCAUUUUUCAUAUAAGCGGGCCCCACAGUCUCUCCUUCCAGAUGUAGGCUUUUUUGGAUUUCCAAUCUUUUAGCUGGUUGUGGUUUUAAAUUGUUAAUAUAUGUUAACAUUUUUAUAUAUGUGUGUGUGUGUAUAUAUACAUAAUGUUGGAUCCCUAUAAUUUUAAAAUUGUACAUAUGUAUGACUGACAUGUAUACAUUUUAAUGUACAUGUUAAAGGUAUCAACUGUCACAAUGUUCCACCUGAGCUCUGCAGAGGGCGAUGUUGAGCAUUGUGUGUUUUCUAGAUAAGUGUGACUCGUGUCUGAAUUGCGUCAAGAAAAUGGCUCUAAUCGAAUGCGUAAUUGUUAUUGGGAACAGGUUUUAAUACAAAAAAAUUCAGAUCGUCUGGAAUGUAUCAAAUUGAUUUUAAGUGGUCACUUAUUUAUAAAGACAUAAGUAAAUGCAGAUAAAAAAAAUGUAAACACUAUUUUUUACCAUAUGGAGGAAAGUGACAGGCUUUCUUCAUCGCAUAUUGCUUGUGAGUAUAGGGGAGCAUGGGCUCUCUCCUACUAUGCAGAGCCCGUGUAUGGCAGCAGCAUUCGUAGUUGAGGACGUGAUCUAUAAAAAGCAGUUACUUGGCCAUCAAAAGAUUUACUUUAAUUGGGUGUGGUUGAAUUCAUUUAAAUACACUAAAUGCGCUCAUGGUGUCUGACUGUUCAAUCAUCUCUCUAGAGGGUGGGUGCCUGUACUUGAUAACAUAAAGGUUGGCUGGUGAUUAAAGCAACUUGCAAGAGAAUGUCUCCACAUGAGGUUGAUGGAAGAUGGGUAGUCUUAAAUUGUUACUAAACCCAGUAAUAUGAAAAUGGUUCUUCUGCAACCCUACAUUAAAAUACUGCCACUAUAUAUCUUUUUGGCUGAGCUAUAUACCACGUUUACAUGAUAAACUGCAGUAUCUCUAGUGAUGAAAGUUAAAGUAGGAGGAGAUUUCCACUUCAGCCUGUAUACACGCCCACAUGUGUGAUACCAAUAUCAUGUGACCCGGCUAUCUCUGGGAACAAGUAAUUAUUCUCUCCAGCAUAAGACACAACUGAGCAUGUGCAGGUUGGCUACCCUGACUGUUAGCUAGCUUUCCCUAGAUACAGUGUAGGAGGGAAGGAUCUGUGCAUAUAAAACCUCUUGCCAACCGCCCGCCGUCAUUAUACGGCGGCUGUUUGAAGGGGACUACCGGGGGUUAUGGCAGUAACUAGCUGCCAUAACCCCAGUAUCCUCUUCUUCAGGGUCAGUUGGCUUUCAGAUAAAAGUGGUAUCUGCGGCGGAUUCACCACAAGAACACUUUUAUCGGGGGCGAGAAGGUGACCCCACCCCUGCGCUCCGGUCAUCUCCGCUGCUUACCGGUAGCGGCAGAAACUAUCGGGUCCUCUGCCCUCACAGGCUCGAUGCCAAGUGUGGGAAAGAUGUCCCCCCACUGGGCUCCACCCCAUUGGAUGGCAGAAGCGACGUCAAACAUCACUUCCGCCCAAUGGUCUUAAAGGGAAAAAUACUUUUUUUAUUUUUUUUAUUGCAUU